AUGGCUGCCCCGGAUUCGGCAUACGUACAUGAUUUGACAGGGACUUGGGCUCUGAACAAAAAGUUGUCGGAUGAUCCUGACAAAGUAUUUGCCUUGCAAGGAGUUCCCUGGCUUGUUCGUCACGCCCUCCGAUACGGCAGCCUAUCCUUGACAAUGACCCAGUCAGAGACUACAAGCGAAGCUACGGAUGGGGUAUCUGGAGAAAAAACGACGGUUAUACAUGUCAAGCAAACCGUUCAUCCAGGAGGCUUCGAUAGCGAGGGUGAUUAUCCCGUCGACGGCAAACCCCAUGAUGCCUCGCUUCCAAUUUUCGGAGAUGUCAGCAUGCAAUUCCAAUAUAGCGACGUCGCGGAAGUUGCAGAUAACACCUUUCGUGGAAGCUAUAAAGAGUCCGGAGACUCACGGAUAAUUGAUGAAUUUGCAAUCAAUGCUGUCAAAGGUUGGGAGGCUCGGGUAAUUUGGGGCUUCGAGCUGAUCGAUGGCAAACGUCGUCUCACUAGAAACACUAGAACGACCAAGGGUGGGGAUACUGUUGAUGCUAGAUUUGUUUAUGAUUACCUGACGCAGCAAAGGUAA